GAAUAAAUUGUGUAUAUAAUUAGGGAUGGAGGAAGUAUAAAUAAAAGGCUAUAGUUAAAAACAUAGAUUGCACAAAGAAAAAAACAUAGACAAAAUCCAUUUUACCGAAGCUUUGUAUUAACAGAUCAAUGGCAGAAGCAACAGAAAGGCUUGCAGUUGUGACAGGAGCAAACAGGGGAGUUGGGUUUGCAAUAUGCAAACAAUUGGCUUCAAAAGGCAUCAAAGUUGUGCUGGCAGCAAGAGAUGAGAAAAGGGGUCUUGAAGCUGUUGAGAAACUGAAAGAGCUUUCACUUCCUGGCCAUGUGGUUUUUCAUCAACUUGAUGUCACACAUCCUGCAAGUAUUGAAUCCUUUGCAGAUUUCAUCCGAAACCACUCUGGUAAAUUGGAUAUCUUGGUAAACAAUGCUGGAAUUGUAGGAGCACAAGUAAAUGGUGAGGCUUUGGCUGCACUUGGUGUUGUGGUAGAUCCUAGUCAAAUUGACUGGAAAAAAAUAUACACUGAAAACUAUGCAUUAGUUGAGAAAAGCCUUAGAACAAAUUAUUUUGGCACCAAAGAAUUCACCGAAGCUCUUAUUCCGUUUCUUCAGUGUUCAAGCUCACCAAAAAUUGUCAAUGUUUCUUCGUCCGUCGGAAGAUUGGAGGUUUUGCAAAAUGGACGACCUAAAGAAGUACUAAGUGAUGUCCAACAUCUGUCCGAAGAAAAGAUUGAUGAAAUUUUGAAUGAAUUUCUAGAGGAUUUUAAGGAAGGUUCACAUGAAACCAAAGGUUGGCCUCUUGCUAAUUCUGGAUAUAUUGUUUCAAAAGUUGCUCUUAAUGCCUACACAAGAGUUCUAGCCAAGAAGUAUCCCUCUUGGUGCAUAAAUGCUAUUUCCCCUGGUUAUGUCAAAACAGAUAUGAACCACGGUAAUGGUGCUCUAACAUCCGAUGAAGGUGCUGAACCUAUUGUGAGAUUGGCACUACAAGAAGGUAGUCCAACUGGGGUCUUUUUCUCUCGUGGUGAAGAGAAAUCGUUUUGAUCAAAGUUUAAUUUCACCUGGAAAAUAAAAUAUUUGUUGAAGGAACAACAUAAAUGUAUUAAAUAAGCUUAACACUGAUGUUGUGUCACAGUAAUGAAUAUGUUUCAUGGUUUUAUUUUUUUUAUGUUUUGAUGAUUACAUAUCUGUUAACAUUUAUGAAUGUUGAUUAUGUGAUUAAAUGCGUUAUUAAUA